AUGGCCGACUCAACAGAACCAUCUACGAUUCCGCGGACAUCAGUUCUCGUAACCGGUGGCUGCGGAUUUCUCGGAGCGCACAUCGUCCAGCAGCUCCUCGAUGACCCUCGUCCGUUUGCUGUUGCGGUCGUCAGUCGCAACCCCAGCGCCGCCAGUCAACACCACGACUCGCGAGCAUCCUACCACGCAGCAGAUAUCACAAACAUGCCUCAGAUCGAGGCACUGUUUAACCAGAUACAACCCCAAGUGGUAAUCCACACCGCAUCCGCACUUCAUACCGCAUCAUCCCGUGAAUUGCAUCAUACCAAUGUCCAGGGGACUCAGGUUCUCCUACAGUGUGCGGCCGCUUGCGAUAAAACGCUAGCAUUUGUCUAUACGUCGUCUGACUCUGCGGUGGUGCCGUCUCAGAAGCUUUUGGUAGAGAGUGAGGCCCAGCUCUAUACGGAGACAUCCUACAGAAACCUGUACUGCAAGACGAAAGCUAUCGCCGAUGCCGCAGUUCUGGCUGCCAAUUCUCCCAGUCUACGCACUGCAACCAUUCGGAUACCCGGCCUAUAUGGGGAAAACGACACCAAUUUCAUUCCACAGCUGGUCUCAAGCAUCCGAAAGGGCGAGUAUAAGACGCAGAUAGGCCCAAAUAACAAACUGUUUGAGUUUGUGUAUGUCAAGAGCGCCGCGAAUGCUCAUGUACUUGCUGCAAAGUCGCUUCUCAGUACCGACACUGGCGGCCCCAAAGUCGACGGUGAAGCCUUUUUCGUCACGGAUGGCAAACCUCAGCCUUUUUUUGAUUUCGCGCGCAAAGCAUAUGCUGCGGCUGGCUACCCGGUGGCUUCCGAUCAGGUAACCGUCAUCCCACUUGGGGUGAUGUUGGUUAUUGCAUCGAUGAUAGAAUGGGCGUAUUAUAUCUUUACUCUAGGGAGAAAACGCUCUCAGAUAACACGAGACGGUAUCGAGCAUCUUGAUUCGGGGUGUCACUGGUCGAUAGACAAGGCGAGACAUCGGUUGGGCUAUGCGCCAGUGAUGGAACAGGAUGAGGCGAUUGAGCAGACUAUGAAAUGGGCAAUGGCAAAUUUGUGA